UUGACCCGGGCCCCGCCCCUCCAGCCAGGGCACCGAGCCCCGGCCCUAGCUGCUCGCCCCUAGUCGCCGGCACUCGCCCGUCUCGCCCGCUUUCGCACCCAGUUCACGCGCCACAGCUAUGUGUCCCCGAGCCGCGCGGGCGCCCGCGACGCUACUCCUCGCCCUGGGCGCGGUGCUGUGGCCUGCGGCCGGCGCCUGGGAGCUCACAAUUCUGCACACCAACGACGUGCACAGCCGGCUGGAGCAGACCAGCGAGGACUCCAGCAAGUGCGUCAACGCCAGCCGCUGCAUGGGUGGCGUGGCUCGGCUCUUCACCAAGGUGCAGCAGAUCCGCCGCGCCGAGCCCAACGUGCUGCUGCUGGACGCCGGCGACCAGUACCAGGGCACUAUCUGGUUCACCGUGUACAAGGGCGCCGAGGUGGCGCACUUCAUGAACGCCCUGCGCUACGAUGCCAUGGCACUGGGAAAUCAUGAAUUUGAUAAUGGUGUAGAAGGACUAAUCGAGCCACUCCUCAAAGAGGCCAAAUUUCCAAUUCUGAGUGCAAACAUUAAAGCAAAGGGGCCACUAGCCUCUCAAAUAUCAGGACUUUAUUUGCCAUAUAAAGUUCUUCCUGUUGGUGAUGAAGUUGUGGGAAUCGUUGGAUACACUUCCAAAGAAACCCCUUUUCUCUCAAAUCCAGGGACAAAUUUAGUGUUUGAAGAUGAAAUCACUGCAUUACAACCUGAAGUAGAUAAGUUAAAAACUCUAAAUGUGAACAAAAUUAUUGCACUGGGACAUUCGGGUUUUGAAAUGGAUAAACUCAUCGCUCAGAAAGUGAGAGGUGUGGACGUCGUGGUGGGAGGACACUCCAACACAUUUCUUUACACAGGCAAUCCACCUUCCAAAGAGGUGCCUGCUGGGAAGUACCCAUUCAUAGUCACUUCUGAUGAUGGGCGGAAGGUUCCUGUAGUCCAGGCCUAUGCUUUUGGCAAAUACUUAGGCUAUCUGAAGAUCGAGUUUGAUGAAAGAGGAAACGUCAUCUCUUCCCAUGGAAAUCCCAUUCUUCUAAACAGCAGCAUUCCUGAAGAUCCAAGCAUAAAAGCAGACAUUAACAAAUGGAGGAUAAAAUUGGAUAAUUAUUCUACCCAGGAACUGGGGAAAACAAUUGUCUAUCUGGAUGGCUCCUCUCAAUCGUGCCGCUUUAGAGAAUGCAACAUGGGCAAUCUGAUUUGUGAUGCAAUGAUUAACAACAACCUCAGACAUGCGGAUGAAAUUUUCUGGAACCAUGUAUCUAUGUGCAUUUUAAAUGGAGGUGGUAUCCGGUCGCCCAUUGAUGAGCGCAACAAUGGCACAAUUACCUGGGAGAACCUGGCUGCUGUAUUGCCCUUUGGAGGCACAUUUGACCUGGUCCAGUUAAAAGGUUCCACCUUGAAGAAGGCCUUUGAGCACAGCGUGCACCGCUAUGGCCAGUCCACUGGAGAGUUCCUGCAGGUGGGCGGAAUCCAUGUGGUAUAUGAUCUUUCCCGAAAACCUGGAGACAGAGUAGUCAAAUUAGAUGUUCUUUGCACCAAGUGUCGAGUGCCCAGUUAUGACCCUCUCAAAAUGGACGAGGUAUAUAAGGUGAUCCUCCCAAACUUCCUGGCCAAUGGUGGAGAUGGGUUCCAGAUGAUAAAAGAUGAAUUAUUAAGACAUGACUCUGGUGACCAAGAUAUCAACGUGGUUUCUACAUAUAUCUCAAAAAUGAAAGUAAUUUAUCCAGCAGUUGAAGGUCGGAUCAAGUUUUCCACAGGAAGUCACUGCCAUGGAAGCUUUUCAUUAAUAUUUCUUUCAUUUUGGGCAGUGAUCUUUGUUUUAUACCAAUAGCCAAAAAUUCUCCUUGCGUUUAA